UCCGGUUCAGACAUGGCUGCGCCCUGACAAAUGUCACACCGUGUGUUUGGCUAAAAAACAUUCACUGAAUUUCAUUGUUCUAUCGACUUUUGAGCGAAACAACAAAAGGGAGGAAUUGAGACCGUUACAUUUGCUUCAUACCACGUCUUAAGAGGGUGAAUCACCGGACAUCAUGGUUCAUUUAUCAUCCCUCCUCCUGAAAAAAUACCACAGCGGCUAUGUUGUCAUCCGACUCGCUCUCGCUGGGCACCAGCAAGCCAACCGACCCUUUUAUCGGAUUGUUGCAGCUUACAACAAGAGAGCAAGGGAUGGCAAGUACAUCGAGCAGCUGGGUACCUUUGACCCCCUUCCUAACAUCUACAACGAGAAGCUUGUCAGUUUCAACUUUGACAGGAUCAAGUACUGGAUCGGCUGCGGUGCGCAUCCAACCAAACCGGUGGCCAAACUUCUAGGAUUGGCUGGGUUCUUUCCCCUCCACCCCAUGACAGUAACAGAGGCAGAGCGUCGAAGAGCUCAGGCCAAGCUGGCGGAGGCUGCGGCGGAAACGGAGGACUCUCAGGAAGAAGCGAAAGUCUGAUUGGAUCCAAAUGAAGCUGCUGAUGUUUUAAUAGAGAACUUGUGCUUUCUUUCUUCCCCUCACACAGCAACUGAUGUAUUAUAUUGUAAACAACAUUUACAAAAAUAUGAAUAACUGAUAAUAUGAGGUGAUUGAGGAUCGCCAAAAGAUGUUUUGUUUGUGGAAAAGUUGCAGAUACUUGCAGAUAAAGGUUUGUGGAAAAGCUGGAACAAUUCUAUAUGUUUUUGUUUAUAAACCUUUUUUCAUUUUUUUUUUUGGCUUGUACGUUGAAGUCAAUACAUGGAAACACAGAUCUUUGGAUUGUGUUUGUUACCCUCCAUGAAUGUAUUGCUUGUUGAUGUUUUUAAAUAACAGCUUAAGCUAAAUGUUUUUUUUUGGGUGUUGUAUGAUUUUUUUAAGACAUUUGGGUCCAUUUGUCUUUACAUUUUUUUGAUUAGUUAAUGUUUGUUGACAUUUCUUUAUACAAAAACCUCAUCAAAGUUUUGGUGAAAAGAAAUAUUUGUGUC